AUGGAGCUCUGUCAGACAUUUAAGAUGAAUGGAGUCAGUGAUGAUGCAAUCAGACUCAGAUUAUUCCCAUUUUCUCUAAGGGAGCGAGCCAAGAGUUGGUUGGUAUCUUUGUCACCUAACUCAAUCAAUACAUGGAAUGAUCUUGCACUAAAGUUUCUCUCCAAGUUCUUCCCUCCAGCCAAGGCAACUAAGCUAAGGGGGGAGAUCAACAACUUCUACCAGCUAGAUAAUGAAUCUCUAUAUGAGGCGUGGGAGAGAUUUAAAGACUUGAUAAGGAGGUGCCCGCAUCACGGAAUAGAGAAAUGGAUGCUAGUCCAUAAUUUUUAUAAUGGGUUGUGUGGUACUACUCGCACACUCAUUGAUACAGUAGCUAAUGGUGCGUUUAUGAGAAAGAGCGCCAAUGAGGCAUAUAUCUUGUUGGAAGAAAUGGCCAUGAAUAAUCAGCAAUGGCCAAGUGAAAGAAGCUCUUCAAGGAAAGUGGCUGGUAUGUAUGAAGUGGAUGCAAUUUCGAAAUUGACUGCUCAAGUUGAGGCCUUAACUAAGCAAUUGCAAGACAAUACAAUAACAGCUCCAGUGCAACAGGCCCAGACUCUGUGUGAAAUAUGUGGGGGCCCUCAUGCCUAUGAACAGUGUCAGUAUGCUGAUGUAAACAACAUGCCUAUGGAGCAAGCUCAGGCUAUUGGGAAUUUUCCUCGACAGAGCAACAAUAACCCUUACUCCAAUUCCUUCAAUCAAGGGUGGAGGAAUCAUCCCAAUUUUUCUUGGAAGAAUGAUCAGCAAGGCCAAUCUUCAAACCAACAAUAG